CGUGCGUGUGUAGGCUGCUGCCCGAAGCGCGUGCAACCACCUGGCUGGAGACACCUGAGCGAUUUCUCCUUUUUUUGAACAAAAAAGCGCUUCACUUCUCCGAAAAAUCCAAAUGUUUUUCCAUACAUUAAAUGCUUUCUAAUUAUACAUCAGUGAUUUAAAUCGAUCUGGGCUCCAGGCCGUUCCCGGGCGGACCGAUGGCAAGUUCAUGAGUGGCUCCACGUGGGAAGGGCGCUCACACACUGCUGGUAACGAUGUUCCGAGGGAUGCUGCCGUUGGACUGAGGAGAACGUCUUAGAACCACCGAUCCUCAUCGUGUGCCUCGGGAUACAGGAGGAACACGGGGGGAGCAACGGAGCGCCAACUUAAACGCGGCGAAGCCGCACCUAAGGGAUGAGGAGCAGUGCGGAGAGCGCGUGAGGAGCUGCGGCCAGGUGUAUCUUAUUCAGCUGACUGCCACUCGGACAUUGUUCCAGUUAGGCUCAAUUGCCCUCCCACCUGCUCCACUGAGAAGAUGCAGUCCCUGGACCACACCGACUGGGACCUGCUUGCUGGUCAUUCCAAUCAUUCUGUGGCCAACACGGGCAGCCACGGAUUGAUCAAUGUCUCUGUGAAUGUCUCUGGACAGAGCAUGCCCUUCCAAGGCGAGAGCACCAUGGUGACAGCCGUCAUCUCACUUACUGUGUUUGUUAUUGGCCUGACUGGCAACACCUUGGCCAUAUAUGUAGUCCUGCGGUAUGCCAAAAUGAAGACCGUCACCAACAUUUACAUCCUCAAUCUGGCGCUGGCUGAUGAGCUCUAUAUCAUGGGCAUGCCAUUCCUCACCACCCAGAAUGUACUGUCUUACUGGCCUUUUGGCUCCUUUCUCUGCCGAGUGGUCAUGAUGGCAGACUCCAUCAACCAGUUCACUAGCAUCUUCUGCCUGACGGCCAUGAGCAUUGACCGCUACUUGGCUGUAGUGCACCCCAUUAAGAGCACCAAAUGGCGCCGACCGAGGGUCGCUAAGGUCAUCAACGCUGCGGUGUGGGCACUUUCUUUUGUGGUGGUGCUGCCUGUUGUCAUCUUCUCUGAUGUACAGGAUUUGUUCAACACCUGCAACAUGAACUGGCCAGAGCCCAAGGCAACCUGGUCCACUGCCUUCAUCCUAUAUACAGCCAUCCUGGGUUUUUUCGGCCCACUCCUUGUCAUCUGCUUGUGCUACCUGCUCAUUGUCAUCAAAGUUAAAUCCUCUGGGGCACGUGCCGGUUUCACCAAGCGGCGCAAGUCAGAACGCAAGGUGACACGCAUGGUAGUGAUCAUCGUGGUUGUGUUUAUGUUUUGCUGGCUGCCGUUCUACCUUACCAACAUGAUAAACCUAGUCGUCAUCCUGCCCGAAAACAACGUCAUGGCUGGCAUCUACUUCUUCACCGUCAUCCUGACCUACGUCAACAGCUGCGCUAACCCUCUGCUCUAUGGCUUCCUUUCCGACAACUUCAAGCAGAGCUUCCGCAAGGUGCUCUGCAUCCAUAAGGCCAACGGGGUGGAAGAUGGUGACCCCAGCCUUCCUCGCACGGAAAAGACCACUGUGAAUGACUCCUUCCUCUCGCCGAGAAACCAUGACUUCAAUGGGCAUUUGCAGAGUGGCCAGGGCAUUCAGUUGGAGCCUUGCUGUAACUCGGAUGUGGAGCCCCGGACUGCAGGGCCCAAAGUGAUUGGCCAGUCCACGCUAUAAACGCUGCAGUUUCUCUCUCUCCCCGCAUGUUUCCUUCCCUGCUCUCAUCCUUUAACCCCCAUUCUCCCUCACCCUCCGCACACGGAAUGUCUCGCCGCACAUCCUGAAAGCAUGCGAGCGGCCUUGUGUGAAGGACCUGUGUCUGCAUCCAGACCCUCUGUCACCGACUACCCUCCCGCUGGCGCUCAGCUGUAACCCCCGACCUCUCCCGUGGAAGGUCAGCACCUUAGAGUUGGCACAAACCCCUGUCUGUGGGCUGCAGUGCAUCGUGUGCACUUGUUUGAUUAAGAUCUGGAUCGCGUUUGGAUUCUGAUUCAAUGAGUUUGAACUGUAAGAAAGAAUCAAAGAGGUAAAGCUACUUUAACUCGCACACAGAGCUCCAGGUGGGCAGUAAUAAACAACGAGGCACAACACGAGACUCAAACAGUUUCACAUCCGGCAAACCUGAAGAGGCAGAACCUGGUAGAAAAGUAUCUCCCGUAGCGCCAACCAGUCCCCACCGCACCCCCAGUCAGAUCAUUGUCCUCCGACUGCUGCCACGCCCCCUUUUGCGGCUCCUGUGGAAAGUGCCUUUUGGCUCAUCACCUUUGACUCGGUGAUGAAGCUGCUGGCAGAUUGCCACUUUUAAAAUCAUGUGUGACGUAGUGGGGUCGCAACUGCUUCCCCACCAUCUCACAUCCUGCCGAGGUGCGACCGGAACCUAGGACCUACGAUACGAUCGACGCCUGUAGCUCUGAGUGAAACAGAGCUGAGGAUUUUGGGUAGAAAAGUCACACGUUCCUCCCCUCCCUUUUAUAUUUCUGUCAGUACGUAGAAGCACGAGUUCUGACUUACUUCUGCCGA